GACAAAGUCAAUCAUCAUUUUUAUGCAUUUCAUAAAAGGAUAUGCCUCUCCUACCACACAAUAACUAAGGUACAGGCAGACAGCCAAUCAAAAUGGAGGAUUUGAUGCAAGUCUAAAAGUGAUUUCUCUUCUAUCAAACUCUCACCAAACUACAAAAGCUAUAGAAUGGAUUGAAAAUGAUGAAUAAAAUUAAAAAGAGUGCAUCAUUCCAGUUUAAGAGUCAAAUUAACCAAAACAUACAGUAAAAAAGUAAAGCAUCAUACGGAAUGGCGACACAGACAGGUGUAGUUCUGCCACAAAUACGGCGUUCACAUCACAAGAAUCAGUUUGAAAUUGUUGAACAAGAUUACGAUGCCAUUAGAGUACAGAGCCCGCGCCGUCAGACGGUCACAACAUUUGAAGAUGGGAGGAGUAUCGUUACCCCUAAAUCUGGUCGACUCCUGGCCCUGGAGGAUAAAGUGACGCGGGCCCUAGAGCAGCAGUCCCAGGUCCUCUCCCAGCAGGAACAGGUGGCCAAAGCCCUGAAUGACCAACAAAGGAUGACCGAGGGUCUUAUUCAGAAGGCCUUUGACAAUCGUGAGGACUUUAUAGAAAACCUGAAUCGAGUGCAGAAUGACAGACUGGAGGAAAACACGAAACAUCUAUUACAGAACCACAUUAACUACAUCACAGCAAUAGUGUCCAGACUCAACAAGGACAUAGCAUCUCUGGAGGAGGAGAUUCACCAGAGAGACAUGGCAGUCGUUGGCACAAACUCCGCUGUUGGGAAACUGGAGGUUCAUCAAGUGACCAUGUUGCAGGACCUUCGUAGCCGAGUCGUGCGCUGUGAUCAGGCCCUGACAAAGCACAGUGCUGACAUCACCAACUGUCGCAGCGAGAUCAACAGCACCAUGCGUGAGCAGCAGUCCAUGAAAGAGAACCUAAAGGAACAUAUACACCGCGUGGAGGCAGAGAUGCUGACCAUGAUGGGGGAGCUGGAGAGAAUUCAUGGUGAACAAAACACAGAACUAAAUCACAUGAAAAAAGACACAAACCGAGAACUAGCCCUGGUAGGGGAGAGGAACAGUGUUAUAUUGAAUGACGUCAAAGCUACAUUGUCAGCCUUCAAACUGUCCAUAGAGAACGAUCGGGAUAGAUUCGAGGAGAGGAUGAUGUCAUUGUUAGACAAGGCCACAGGCAACUGGAAAUCUCUGUUGGAGAAGGUUGAUUUACGGAUAGAAGAAAGUGUGUAUGGUUUUGAUGUUCGCUUUCAGAAACUGGAGGAGGCACUAGCGUAUGACAGACAUGUCAUAUCCGAUCUCCAGGCGAAAGUAGAGACACGAAUAGUGAACAGACUUGAGACGCAUACUCGACAUCAUCAGGAAGAGCUGGCCAAAGCCAAGAGAGAGUUCAGGGAGGGGUUCACCUCCGUACAUGACAGUAUAUCAAAUGCAAAGAGAGUGUUAGAGGGCAAACUGAAAUUACAGGAGGAUAAGCUAAAAAAAAAUAUUGGCCAAGUACGAAAACUGGUGGUGCUCGCUUGAUAUUCUGUUCUCCCACAUUGACAAAUGUACCUGUAUAACUACUUGCCUAUACAUUUUCUGAGAUUCGAAUGUCAUUAUUUCAUACAAUACUUUGUAUUUAUUAUACCUAUUAUAUAUUAAAUUAUUUUUCAUACAAUGAAACUUCUCUAGUACAAAAACAUAUGUGAAUUUAGGGAUACAUUUGUAUAUAAAUGUUUACUUAUUCCAUAUUUUCCAGUUAUAAUGAGCUCUGCUGUAGCAAAUUUACAGAUAUUGCAAACUGAUUUUGUGUACCACAGGAGUUAAAAUAACACUAUUUACAUCUUUUAUAUUGUAAUUUUAAGAUUGAAAAAAUUAAAAUAUCAAACCAAUGGUAAAUUUCUUAAGUAUUUAUAUAAUACUGGUAUAUAUGAAAUUCAAUUUAUCCGAAAACAUUUUGUAUUUAUACUUCCUGAAACACAUUCGUUUUUCAUACUCAAAGGAAAACAUGCACUACAUGCACAGGCACUUGUUUCGUAUACGGGAUGCCCCCUACUUAUAUUUACCACAAGAUACCUAACUCAUUUUCAGGCACCCCCACUUCAAACUCAUAUUUUGAUAAUGAAUCAAUCAUUAACCUACUUUAAAAUGACAUCGUACGGUUCAAGGGACUUUUUAAUUGUCAAUAACAAUGUUUUAGAUGUCUCUGGUCGAGCUUCUUUAUCAUAAACUAUGCAUUUAUUCCUUGAAUACAUUUUAAGACUUUCCUUGAGAUACAAGUUGUUCCGGUUGGGGUUACAGA